AUGCAGACACGGUUUGAUAAGCAAGACCGUUAUUGCUGGCCUCAAUCCCUCAUUUUUAGAGAUAAGCUCUCUCCAAUUCAUUGGUCAGUGAACUACACGUACGAAGAGUCACGAACCGGAAAACUAAGUGGAAACCAGCUUGAGCCAGCUAUCGACACCACAGUGCCGCUCUCGUUCGAGAACAAAAUCAACAUCGCAAACAAUUGCGGUAAAGACGAUUUGUGUAUACCCGACCUGAAAGUACGAGCAGUGGCUGAUCGUGAGAAAUUCCUUCUCGGUACAAAGGACAAUACACUUCUCGUCAAUGUCACAGUGCAGAAUGGAGGAGAAGACUCAUAUGAAACGAAGCUCUUUUUCGAUGUGCCUAAAGGAUUCGAAUAUAGCGGAGUUGUGUCUACUGAUGAAAAGACGGCGCCAAGUUGUUCGCCAACCACCGAGAAGCCGGAUGAGGAUGGACGGUGGACCUUUGCUUGUGAACUUGGUAAUCCGCUGCCGCAGCAGAAAACGCUCUCCACUACGGUCCGAAUCACGGCCAAUGAGAAGGAUCCUCCCGUAAAACCGAUUGAAAUACGAGCUUUCGUGAACAGUUCGAAUGAAGAAGUAGAAGACACAGAAAACGACAACUACGUAUCGUUCACAAUCCCCGUUGACUUCAGAAAUCAACUCACUCUCAAUGGACGUUCGAACCCUGAACAGAUAGAUUUCUCCACGAGAAACAGAACGCCAGAGGAUGUUUUCGAUGACACUGAGAUCGGUCCUGUAGUCAGCCAUUUGUAUCAGGUAUCAAACCGAGGUCCAUCAGUUGUUGAUGCAGCAACGCUCGACAUCUUCUGGCCUUCAUUCUCGGCAGACGGCGGACACCUGCUUUACAUUAUCACUGAUCCUGUGAUCAGCGACCCAUCGAAGGGACGAUGUCGAGUCAAGCAAAUGCAGAACAUUAAUCCAUUAAAUUUAAGAAUAAUGAAUGAGCAUAUUCCUACGGAUGCUCCUCAUCGAAUUCACUCAGUGGAUUAUGAUAAAACCGAACACUUGGUAGAAGGUUCCGAAGAGAGACAGAUAUAUACGACACCAUCCCACAGAAGUGGUACUGGUGGAACAUGGGAGUUCAAAGAGAAGCCACAAGCACCUGUGGAAUACGAGUACAUUCCUGAUGAUGAGUACAUUGAUGAAGACGAGGACUAUGACAGGAAAGGUAGUCGAGUAAAGAGAGAGACGAGGCGAACAUUCAAGCAGAAUCCAGCGAAACUUAGAAGUGAAGAUAGGAUUGUACCAGAGAAAGCUCGUUUCUCGGAUCUUCGUCAAGCAGUGAAAGAGUCUAAAGAAGCGGGUGGAGCGAUUGACUACCAUGGAAUACUGAGCAGGGCCACUGUUGAUUGCAACUCUCUUAGAUGUACACACAUUGAGUGCGACCUUUCCAAUAUCGGAGAAGACGAAUUCGUCCUUAUUGAGAUUUUCUCUCGGCUGUAUACCAACACUCUGGUCGAUGAACGAAAUCCGGGAGGUGAAAUUUCGUCAUUGGCACUUGCAAGAGUCACGACUUCAAAACUCAACCUACCACAUAAACCUACUCUUGUUAUAGCGGUGACAACCUCUUUGAAUGCUGUUGAUGGCGAAGCAUCCGCCGCUGGCGUUCCAUGGUGGCUCUACUUACUUGCUAUUCUAAUUGGACUUGUACUUCUUGCACUACUCAUACUUCUGUUAUGGAGGUGUGGUUUCUUCAAACGAAACCGUCCGCAUGCAGAAAAGGCACAACGUACUGAAAAUCGAGAUCCAGAUGGACAUUACGCAGACACGAAGACGCGCUAUGCUGGUCUGGACACCUAUAAUCAACAGAGUCAUGGCCAAAUGCUCUAA